GAGCGACCCUCCGAGAUCCUAUUGAGAGUCGAAAGAAAACGAGGUCAGGAAACCUUGCAUCGCGCGACCACAGCGCUCCGUUACCCGCUUCUCCCACCGUGAGAAACCUCACCCCUGUCCUUCGGCGCUUAAGCGCUCCACGCGUCCGCCCUCCGUCCCGCCAUCCAUGCACAUCCCGGUCGAAUGGCGCCCAAGUUGAAGUUCAAGGUCAAGGAGUACAAGCCUCCCAGCGAUGCCGUCUUUCUCGUCGUGGUCAACCCAUGGGGCCAAGACGGCAUUACGCACAAGACUAGCCAGACUGGAUUCCACAACAACCUUGGAGCGUGGCUGGAGAUUGCGAGUGGGAUGAGACCGACAGCGCUGUACUAUCAAGGAACGCACGCCGAAGUCAUCGUCGAGUUCCCCAUCAGCGUCACACUAGAGAAGCUCUUGGGAGACCACCUCUUGGAGGAGAUUUUCAACAUACCAGGCUUACCCGGCGCCUCGUUUAUCUACCCGUAUAACUUCAAGAAUCAAGGGCACCCGGAGCGGAAGCAAUGGGUCGAAGCGCUUUUCACCUAUCAAGCCAUCCCCCGCGACUUCCCCAUCCGCCAACCAUAUCCACCGCCGCAUCGCCCUCUCUCAAAGCCCGUCACGCAUCACAGCGGUAUCCUCGCUAGCGUCCCCGAAGCACACUGGGCGCGAGUGGAGGGGGCGAGGAAGGAGUGGGAGGAGGCCGUCAGGCGCGAACGAGCGGAGCGAGAGGAAAGGAUGCGGAAGGAAAGGGCCGAGCGGGAAGCGGAGAUGAAGAGGGAGAAGGAGGAGAGGGCGAGGCAGGCGGAGGACUUCUUGCGUGGCGUUCAAGAAGAAGCGGAACAGAGAGAGCAAGAAGAGAGGGAGAGGGGGGAGAUGGAGGAGGCGGAGCGGAGGCGUCAAGAGUUCCAGCACUACGAGCGGCCGGCGCAGCUAAAUGGGGCUCCUGCAAACCAACCGCCGCCAGCACAGGUGAAGUCGGAACCCGGCGUCAAGCGCGAUCCAUACGAGGAGGAGGACGAAUAUGCACGUAAUCUAUGGCCGACGCCGGCGGAGGACAACGAAGACGUGAAGCCCAAUCUCGCGGAACUGGAUCGCGCGAUCAAGGGCGAGCCGGACGUCAAGCAGGAGGAGGGACUCGUCAAGCAAGAGGACAGGGGAACGAGUAUGGCAGACGGGGGUGUGAGCGACGAAUGGCGGGCGCUUUACAGCGGGCUGGAGAUGCCUUCCGCGCCGAGCCAAGGUGGUGAAGCGUCUGGUUCCCGCGUGAAGGAGGAGGGGCGGGACGCCUUCGUCAAGGAGGAAAGGCGCGACGGCUCCUUUCAGAGUGAGCGUAGCUCCUUCGUCAAAGAGGAGCGUCGCCCAGAUCCGGACCUCGCGCGCGCUGUCGCGUCUCUCCCACCCGAUCUACGGGAUGGUCGAUAUAGCUCUGACUCUCGUGCGUCUUCCGCUGGCGUAAAGCAGGAGUACGGCUCGCCGUCGAGGUCUGUGAAGGAGGAGCCUCGCGAGUGGGGAGGUUCGCAAAGAGGGUCGGCCUCUCGUCCGCCGCAAGAUCUCGGCAGCCGUAGAUCAACUCCUUAUCCGCACCAGCAUCUUCCUCACCCUCACUCCCGAAGUCCGCCUAGUCAUGAUCCAAGUAUUUCACGCGGUCACGACGCACCGUAUCUGCUUCCAUCCCUGCCGGGUCACCGAGCUGGCCCAAUCCCGUCUGUUGGGUAUUACGAUGCGCAGAGGGAUCCGCGCCAGCGAGGUAAUCCGCCCAAGCGCGAUAGGAGUGGAGGGCGAGAGCAGGGGAACCGCAAGCGUGUCAAGGCGGACGAUUACUUCUGAUUUACACCGCUCGUAGCCUUUCUGAUGCGAGCCGCGAGGCGCAGUGGCGACAUGCAAUCCAAUCAAGUCUGGUGAAUUGAUCUAAUCAGCAGGCUACAUCUGCGUGUAUGAGGGGGCACGACUCCAUAACCGUCAGGCGCAUACGACGGCGGGUGUUUCUGAUCUCCGUUUACAUAGCUGUAUCCAAGUCAACAGCUUCUCUUGACAGAUGCAGGCGGCUCGUACCUUUCCAGAGCUCGUACUUCGCCAUGUCAAGCGCUAUGUACCCGACAUCAAAUUGCCGACCACAUAUCCC